GGCAAAACACCAGCAUCCGAUAUCUUGCUUAGAGUUUCCACUACUACACCAAACGAUUUAUACAAAACAUGCCUCACGCAGUAUCUGUAGGACAGUGGGUUGAAGUAUCGGACGGUGAAGCUCCACCUAAUGCUGUAGAAGUUGGAUACGAUGCUGGAAAUAUAGUAUAUGUAGCACGGGCAAAACACGAAGAUCAUAUCAUUCCUGGAAAGUUUUUACCUUGUUACAGUCAAUGCUACGUACCACAUGAUGGGAAAGAACAUGAAUAUGUAGAAUUUGAAGUUCUCGUUGAUCCAGAUGGAGAUGCGUAUGAAUGGAAAGAAGCAGAAGGUUCAGAAAUCUUGCCAAAUGCAGUGCAAGGUGGUACUACAGCCGAUGGCGAACCAUUGUACAUUGGCAGAGUUAUGCACAAUGAUGCAAUGUGCUGCGGCAAAGUCCAUCCGAGCGACGGGGUGCUCAUCGUUCCUUAUGGGACAGAGGAACAUUCCUUCAGUAAUUUCGAAUAUCUCGUUGUGAAAAGUGCCGAAGAAAGUGUUGAAGAAAAUGUUGAAGAAGAGGUUGAGGAAUAAAGGGAAUUUAUGGGCUAUGAAUUAGAUUAGCUUAUUCAGCAAUGCCAAGAACCUAGUUUUUUUUUUCUCUUUUUUCUUUUUUUGGUUCCAAACGAGACAUUUUACUGUUUGAUAUUUUAAACCGCAACCUUCCUCAAAUUUGCGCAUGCGUCAGGUAGCUUCUGAUUUUAUCAAAAUAGGGGAGAUAUUGAUAAGAGAGAUAACGAAUGUGAGGGGAUUUUUUUUUUUGUUUGUUUGUUUUGUUUUGCUUUCCGUUGGAUUCGUUUAUUAGAGGCGUUGGUUUGAGUUGAGGCUUUUUUUUUUUUUUAAAUUUAUUCCCCUUCCUUAUCGGUAAAGCAGAAAUGCUACCAUGGUGCAUUAUCUUCAUCAAGCUCUCACCCCUUUUUAAAAUAGAACCGUUCAACGGUGCUAGUCGCGGCUUUCGAGAUCAGACAGUAAUUUUGCAAUCAAAAUUUUUCAAUUUUCAUCUAUCAAGUUUGUUGCUAAUUUUAAAAAGCCUUGAUCGAUGCCUGUGAGUCUUUCGACUGCUAAGAUUGCUAAUGUUUUGAAGCAAUUGAGUUCAAAUACUUAAUAUAAUAUCUUCAUAGUCAAAAAGUUUUAUUAUAAAAAUUCUCAAAUGGCUAUGGAUAUUUUUUCAAAAGUAAGAAAAUAAAAAAAUAAUAAGCAAUGCUUUUUUAGCGUGUAUUUCAGCAAGUUUUUUUUUUUUUUUUUUUUUUCUUUUUAGUAUUCUGCUGUUUACCAUCUAAAUUUGUUCACGUGUCGCCGCAAAGUCUAAUGAUGUAUUUAAAAAGAGCAACAGUGAAGAAAGGUUUGUUACUUAUGUUUUGCAUUUGCGCAUUUCGUGCAACUUCCUUUUAAGUAAGAGCCUUGAAAACAUCGGAACGUAAAGUGAAAUGCACAAACUAAAAUGAAAUAGCUGCAACGAAACAAACACAAUUAAAAAAAGAUGCAGUAAAAAAAACAUUUAGUUGAGGCUUGAAAGUUGAAAGGUUGACAAGUAAAACUACAUAUCUGAAGAACUAAGUUACAGUAAGUUGUCGAAUAAGAAAUUUUUUUUUUCUUUUUUAAGAAAUCAAAAAAGAUGACAAUAUUUCCAAAAAUCGGGAAGAACACCCUUGUUCCCCCGUUAUUUCAAAAGCUAAAAGCUAAAUGAAGAAAUAACAAAUAGUGUUCUGAAGUUUUUAAGAUUUUCCAUUUUAAAUAUUUGUACAGCAGUUCCUAUCGUGUUUCCGAGGCAAACUUGUCACGAACUACGAAAAUAACACAAAAAGAAAGCAUUUCAAAAUUAAUAUAAAAACAACAAAUCAUUACAAAAUAUUAUGAACAUUUUGAACAUUAACUAUAUUGUAGUAAAUCGGCGAGAUAAAUACAGAUCUCUGAUUUUAUCUUGGAAAAUAACUAAUUCUCAAUUAAUCAGUUUGGUGUAUGAAUGUUGAGUUAGAUAUGUAAUCAGACUUUUCGGGGGGAUUGGGUGGAGGAUGUUCAUUUGCAGUCCUUUUAUGUUCAGUGGAUGAUGUGACAUUGAUGAAAACAAAUGCCGAUGUUCAACAUUGAUAUGUCAGUGGCUGGUGUAUAAACGAUACAAUAGUGACACGUAAUACACGUCUCAUGAUUUCGAAGUAAAACUUCAAACUUUUAACUAUACACUUUUUAUUUAGCCUUAAAAAACUCCUUAAACAUGAUAAUUGCUUUGCUCGUAUUGUAGCAUUUAAGAGUAAAUAGUUAAUAUAGUAGUAUUAUGCCAUUCCACGGAAAAAACGGACACUUAGUCUCGCUCGUAACAGCUCAUAUAUUUCAUUAUAAAUAGUAGUUUAAAACGGUAAUGAACAAAAUUUUGUUUCUAAAAAAAUCAAAAACAUGAGUGUGAUUCUUUAAGCAAAAUAUUUUUUAUUACUUAUGAAAUAUAUGAGCUGUCACAUACAGGAUCGAACGACGGAUUUUCCGUGGAACGGCCCUAUUGCGUAAUUCCUUGAUUUUCUCCAAUGCUGUUUUAUUUAUUUUUUGAAAUGUGCCUCCAUUGUCUGUGAUAAAUAUAUAAAUACAUGCAUGAAAAAUGUUUCCACGCGAGAGAGAAUUUGGCAGUGCUUAUGAUCACGUAUUAAUUUAUAACUCUAAAACUCUUUAUUUGGUUACACGCCACUGUAUCUCAAAUCUUUUCAUAUAAACAUGGAAUUUAUGUCGCUUACAUUCCGAAUAUUUUUGGAUAAAAAAAACCUAGCAAAACUUGUGUGUUUGAACAAAAGGAAGCAUAGUGACCUGUUUAAACAAAGGAAUGACCGAAUGACCUGCUAUCGAGAAUCGAGUCUUAGUCAUUGCUUAUUUAUCCGAAUCAUGCAGUUUUUUUUGCUAUUUCUCAUUUUAAUUGAAUCAAUGAGUGCAAAAGUCAGUCAUUUCCUUUGGCAAAACUCUGGAGCUGACUAUUUUUCGGACUUAUUGAUUCAAUUGAAAAUUAAAUUUUUUCUUUCAUUUUCUCGCUGAUUCUUUUCAUUCAUAUUGCAUUCCCUCAUGUUGCAUAAAACAUGAAUUCAAUUAAUAAACGUAAUAGCUUUUGUAAUUUGUUUCAUAAAAUAUUCCAAACUCCAUCAAAUUGCUUGUAUUGUAGCAUUGAAUAUUUCCUCUAAAAUGUAUUAUAUCAGGCUUUUGAAUACUUUUGCAUAACUCGCAGUAAGAAUUUAUUUUGUGUUAAUAAAGUCUAGAAAUAUUUUAAGGACAUUCUUUA